CUAGAAAAGUCCCAGUAACAACACACAUCCAACUCGGCAUCUAAUACAAAUGGAGCAUGUCUUUUUACUGCCGUAGUGUUGCAUGACUGAAUCUUAGAACUGAAUUUUGCUGCACGACAGAAUUUUCCUUUUGUUUCUGUUUACAUUAGAACUGGACUCGAGCGUUCCAGGUUAUUUCGUCUUUUCAUCAGGAUUCUAAAAUUUGGGGCCCACAGUCCACAUUACCAAAAUAAACUGGAAUCCUUGGCGGCUUAGUGUAGAAGAAAACACAAUCCCCCUUAAACUCUCUCAUUAACUUGGGGCGGGGGAAAGAUAUUUUAUUUCUUCAAUAUAAAGUUUCAGCAGACUAUCCAAAUAAAAAACACUCAAUUACUUCUCCCUCUUCUUUGAAACCCCAAUUUCACCGAUCUCAAAAAUUAGGGUUUAUCAAAUCGAAUUUCUUCGUUAAUUACUGAAAACAACAAUGGCGGAUGAUUUAAAAUCAUCGCCACCACCAUCGUCAUCAUCUUCUUCAUCACCAUUAGGUAAUUCGGUGAUACCAAUUGUAAAUAAACUACAAGAUAUAUUUGCACAGCUUGGUAGUAAAUCAACAAUUGAAUUACCGCAAGUAGCUGUUGUUGGUAGUCAAAGUAGUGGUAAAUCAAGUGUUUUAGAAGCACUCGUUGGAAGAGAUUUCUUACCUAGAGGUUCUGAUAUUUGUACUAGAAGACCUUUAGUUUUACAAUUGUUACAGACUAAGAAGACAUCAGAUGGUGCUGAUGAAGAGUAUGGAGAGUUUUUACACUUGCCUAAGAAGAAAUUCUUUGAUUUUUCUGAAAUUCGUAAAGAAAUUCAGGCGGAAACAGAUAGAGAAGUAGGAGGCAACAAAGGAGUUUCUGACAAACAAAUUCGUCUCAAGAUCUACUCUCCAAAUGUUCUUGAUAUUACGUUGGUGGAUUUGCCUGGGAUAACGAAAGUGCCGGUUGGUGACCAGCCAUCUGAUAUUGAAGCUCGAAUUAGAACGAUGAUCUUAUCGUAUAUAAAGCACCCUAGUUGUUUAAUUUUAGCAGUCACACCUGCAAAUUCAGAUUUGGCAAACUCAGAUGCACUACAGAUAGCAGGAACUGCUGAUCCUGAUGGUAACCGAACAAUUGGUGUAAUCACAAAGUUGGAUAUUAUGGACCGUGGCACUGAUGCUCGUAAUCUUUUGCUUGGAAAAGUUAUUCCUCUCCAGCUUGGUUAUGUAGGUGUUGUUAACCGAUGCCAAGAGGAUAUUAUGCAAAACCGCAGUAUCAAGGAUGCACUUGCUUACGAGGAGAAAUUCUUUCGUAACCGACCCGUAUAUAGUAGCCUUUCUGAUCAAUGUGGUGUACCUCAGCUAGCGAAGAAAUUGAAUCAGAUCUUAGUCCAGCAUAUCAAGACCUUACUUCCAGAUUUGAAGGCACGCAUAAGUGCUGCAUUGGUAAAGGAGGCAAAAAUACAUGCCAGCUAUGGGGAGAUCACAGAAUCAAAGGCUGGUCAAGGAGCCCUCCUCUUGAACAUUCUUUCAAAGUAUUCUGAUGCGUUUUCUUCAAUGGUGGAGGGAAAAAGUCGAGGAAUGUCAAUGUCAGAAUUAUCUGGUGGAGCUCGAAUUCACUAUAUUUUUCAGUCAAUUUUUGUGAAGAGUUUAGAGGAGGUGGAUCCAUGUGAUGAAUUGACUGACGAUGACAUCCGAACUGCAAUUCAGAAUGCAACGGGUCCCAAGUCUGCUCUAUUUGUUCCCGAAGUGCCAUUUGAAGUUCUUGUUCGGAAGCAGAUUGAACGUUUGCAAGAUCCUAGUCUUCAAUGUGCUAGAUUUAUUUAUGAUGAGUUAAUAAAGAUAAGUCAUAGUUGUAUGGACAACGAGCUGCAGCGGUUUCCUGUGCUGAAAAAGCGCGUGGACAAAGUUAUUGGAGAUUUUUUACGAGAUGGACUCGAGCCUUCCGAGAUAAUGAUUAAGCACAUAAUUGACAUGGAGAUGGACUAUAUAAACACUUCACAUCCAAAUUUUAUUGGCGGGAGUAAGGCUGUAGAGGUUGCAAUUCUACAGGUCAAGUCCGCUAGGGCAGCUGCAGCCAUGGCCAAAGAAAAGGAAGGAGCAGAUUUUGAUAAAGUUCCACCAUCUGAAAGAAGUCAGAAAUUGCGAUCUGUUCUGGGUAGAUCCGCAGCAAAUGGAGUUACCGCAGAUCAGGUAAUUAGGCCUGCUGUGGAUACAGAGAAACCUGGAGCAUCCGGAAAUGUCUCCAGUUCAAGUUGGGGUAUUUCAUCAAUUUUUGGUGGGGGUGAAAGCCGGAGAGCUUCAAAGGACAUCUCAACAAGCAAACCGUACAGUGAACCUGUUCAGAUUGUGGAGCAUGCACUUUCUGCGAUCUUUUUGAAAGAGCCACCAACCAUCUUGAGGCCUUCAGAGACCCACUCCGAGCAAGAGGCAGUUGAAAUAGCAAUAACAAAAUUGUUGUUGAGGUCAUACUACGGUAUCGUCAGGAAGAACAUCGAGGACUCUGUGCCAAAAGCAAUUAUGCAUUUUCUCGUCAACCAUACCAAACGAGAGCUGCAUAAUGUCUUCAUCAGGGAACUUUAUCGAGAAGGUCUUAUUGAAGAGAUGCUGCAAGAACCUGAUGAGCUAUCUGUGAAAAGAAAGCGAUCUCGAGAAUCACUUCGGAUUCUACAACUGGCUUACCAGACAUUGGAUGAACUGCCUCUUGAAGCUGAUACGGUUGAAAAGGGAUACAGUUUGGGAAAUGAUCCAACUGGUUUGCCAAGGACACAUGGUCGCCCACCGUCAUCAUCGUCGUCAUCUCCCUAUGCAUCGCCAGGCCAUGAUCUCAGUUACAUGUCGUCUCAGAACUCAAGGUCUCGUAGGUCAUCCAACUCAGGAGAGCUAAACUCCACCCUUCAAGCAUUUGCCCACAUUAAUGGAAACGGGCACACUCUUUCAGGAAGGAUGUAUCCGCUUAUCGAUUAGAUUUGUUUGCGUCAAAAGCAGAGUUUCAAAGUGUGGGUUUAAUGUCCCGUCAAGUGGUCAGGCCCGGUUCUAAAGCCUGGCAACCUAAAACAACAUCAGUAAGCCCAAGAUAAAUAGCACAUAUAGUGUACGUUUUACAAAGCGUUUUCUGUGUUUUUUCAAUUCAAUUAAUUCACAUUGUUAAGAAGUACUUCUUCCGUCCAAGUUGUAUAGGCGAAUGUUAGUUUUUGGUUGUCCGUGAUAGUUCUAAUUCUAAUUUCUAGGUGGCUCUAACCUGAUAAUAGUGUUAUACUACAACUAAUUUAAUACUUCUAGUUUUUUAUCAAAAAUUAGGGGGCAAAACAGAAAAGAAAAGAGAUAGUUAUGAAAUCCAAAGAUUAAGAAAAGUGUCUUUUCUCCGCCUGUAUACCUUGGAUGGAAGGAGUAAAUCAGUAAGAAUUCAUUUCUUUUUACUGUAAAAAACUUGGGGGUGGAUUCCAAUAAUCAUUCCCCAAAUUAUGUCUAUAUAGUUUGCAUAAUUACUAUUUUCGGA